UCUUUUUAACUUAAAACUGUCUGAUAGGCAAUUUUUGUGGAGUAAAAUGGAAAACACUGGCAAUCUACCCUCAUUGGAUAAUGAUUCUUUUGAUUGGAGGAGAUUUAUAAAACAGACUGUUUUGCGCACCCUGUGCUGGGUAUUCGCCAUUGUUGUUUUUGGAACCAUCUCAGACCAAGGCUACUAUAGCCCCACGAGUAAAACAAAUGGCACCUGUAUGUUUAACAACAAUGAAUGCGCAUGCAGCUAUGCGGUGGGAGUUGGAGUCCUGGCCUUUGUGGCUUGUGUUGUGUUCCCCAUCCUGGACGUCAUCAUUUCAAAGAUCUCUAGUGCCACAGCGAAAGAUCGCAUUGUCAAAGGAGAUCUGGCCUUCUCCGCGGCUAUGACCUUCCUGUGGUUCAUCUGUUUCUGUGUCUUGCUCAACCAGUGGACCAGAACUAACUCCGAAUAUGUCAUGGCCGAUGCUGCCCGAGCUGCCGUUGCUUUCUCCUUCUUCUCAAUCAUCACCUGGGCUGUUUUGGCGUACGUUGCAUACGGAAGGUAUAAUGUGAACCUGAACACCUGUGAGUGGCUGACUGCUUUAUUUCCCAGAAUCAUUGGAAAUGGAAAUUCUGAAUAGAUGUUCUCUCUCCCACGGUGCCCUCUGUACAGCAUAGACUUUGAUUGUUCAAACCCCACACAGGUGAGAUUUGGAUUCGAGGCAGCAAAUAUUAACUUUGAGACUGACUUUCAGCAGCCAAACAGAUUGGACAUGUAGGCUACUAAAAGUAAAACAAAAGGAGCCUGUCUGUGUUUGUUGUUUAUUUACAGUUUACUUCAACCAUUUUCAACCAAUGAGAAGCUACGUCUGUAAAAGACUUUCCAUUUGAUUAUUUAAAAAAAGUUCAGAUUAAAAAAAGCUCUGCUCCUCAGGCUCGUAUGCGUUGUUUGUAUCAGCUGUGUAACAAGACAUUUUUAAAUUGUACUAGAGAAAAUGUGUGUUCCUCGUUAGUCAUGGUUAAAACAGACACUCGGCACUCCUCUGGCAUUAAACACAUCACCUAUUAUCCCAGGCCUUGAACAUGUGAAUUAUGUGUUUUUAUAGGCAAACUAGUGCAUAAAUAACAUGUUUACAGGAAAUACCCUAAUCUAAUUAAUGGUGAUUUGUGGUAACAGUUUCAUUAUGUUUUUUCUCUGACAAACCAAAUUAAUAAACUGCAAACUAGCGUUUAGGUAGCAUGUUAUUGUGUCUCAUUGUCUAUUCCCCCUUUUUGCUAUUUUUAUUUGAAGUGAAGCACUUUGUAAUUUUACCUGGAAAGGUGCUAUAGAAAUACA